ACGGAAAGUUAUCAUCAGUUUAGUUCGAGUUGUAAGAGUGCAAGCAACACUUAUUCGAAGACACAGCCAUGGUCCGUGCCGUAGUUUUCCUCUUGCUCAUUGUGGCAGUCGCCACCAUCGAUGCUGCGCCUAAUUGCGGUCAAAACGAAUAUUUCAAUAGCUGUGGUUCAUCGUGUCAACCCACCUGUCAAAAUCCAACACCACAAAUCUGUACCCUGGCAUGUGUUGCUGGAUGCGAAUGCACGGACGGAUAUGUAAGAAAUGCGGAAAAUCGGUGUAUACCUGCAUACAAUUGUUAAUCAUUCAGAAAAUAUGAUUUUCCGACGAGUAUAUUUCGCAUUACAUAAAACAUACAAAUAUAACAGGCAUAAAAACCUUCUCACAAAUUAGCUUAUUAUAUUAUAGAUUU